CUUUUUGUCUCCAAUUGCUUUCGUUCAUCACUGCCUUUUUUCCUCACCGCUCAUUUGUUUCUGUGAUUCUCUUCCGCCGCGCUUUUUCUUUGAUCUGCCGUGAAAGCCUAGGGCUCAACUUGAUCGUCUCGUGACUGGGAAAACUGAAAUUCUUCUUCACUUUGAUGCAUUCAUUUCUCAGAUUGAUUCGGUAAUCAACAACAGUUUCGUCUUUGUUUGUGCACGGAUGUGCUCCACCGGCGUUCCAUGGCGUCUCCGGUGGCUACUCAUCUCAACAUCUCCACCUCUUCCUCUCUCUGCCGUUCCAAGAGGUUGUCUCUGAGGCUCAGUAGGAAUCGAACAAAAUUUAUUACUAGCACAACUCAGAAGAGGAGAUCUCAUUCCCUGAAGGUUGUCCAGUCAGUCCUGAAUAACUGCAAGUCAAAUUUAAAUGACAAUGGAGCAAGUGAAGAAGCAAAACUGCUUCUUGAGAGAUUGUAUGCCCAGACACAGAGAUUGGAAGAACAUGUAAACAAAGAUCCUCACUCCCCCCAAGAUGUUUGGCUAGGGCUCAGUCUUGAAAAUCUCGAGUCUGAUCUCCAGGCUGCAUUGGCAGUAUUGAAAAAGAAGGAAGAAGAUCUACAAGAUGCAGAAAGAACGAUUCUAUUAGAACGAAGCCAAUUAAAUAAUGCGAGGGAGAAGUUGGAGAAGCAGGAGGAAGAAUUAACUGCUGCUUAUCAUAAACAGCAAAAAUUAGAAGAUGAGCUUAAGCAGGCAAAUCUAGACUUAGCUUCUCAAGCUAGACAGAUUGAUGAAUUAAAACUUCAAAUUAGGGAGAAAGACGGGGGGAUUGCUGCAGUUGAAUCUGCCCUUACUUUGAAAGAAGACGAGUUGAAGAGAAUGAGAGAUGAUUUGGCUAAGAAGAGUGAGGAAGCUGUUAAAACAGAUUUUGAACUUAAAUCUAAGUCCCAGCUUCUGACUGAAGCCAUCGAAGUAGUGAAAAGACAAGAAGUUGAGCUGCAAAUGCUUAAAAAGGCUGUGCUAGAGAAAGAAAAAGAACUGGAACUUUCUGUAAAGCUGCAGAAACUUGAAGAGGAAAGACUGGAAGUUGUAGAGAAAAAUUUGGAGAACAGGACCAUGGAAUGGUUGUUAGCACAGGAAGAAUUGAAAAAAAUGAGAAAGGAAGGAUCUAAGAAAGCAGUAGAGAUGAACAAAACAGUGAAUGACUUCAACCGAGUUAAGAAGCUUCUUGCCGAUGUAAAAAGUGAGUUAGUUUCCUCUCAAAAGUCCCUUGUGUCCUCCAGAAAGAAAAUAGAAGAACAAGAAGAUAUUCUUGGGAGGCAAAUGGCAGAACUUGAAGAACAAAAGAAGGGUAUCAAUGCAUAUAUGUCAAGUUUAAAAGAUGCUCAAAUUGAAGUAGAGAGUGAAAGAGUGAAGCUUAGAGUUGCAGAGGCUCAUAACAAGGAGCUUGAAUGCGACUUGUUGAUGGAAAAGGAGCUCACUGAUGAGUUACAGCAACAACUGAAGAAAGAGAAAUCCUAUCUCCAGCAGGAAACUGAGGAGAAAUCACUUCUACAGAAGGAGCUAGAGCAUAAACAUAUCGAGUUCGAGAAAACUCACACUCUCCUUCAAGAUAAAGCGUCGGAGUUGGUCGAAGCCAAGUUAGAAAUCCAGCAUUUGAAAUCCGAACAGGUUUCUCUUCAACUUCUUUUGGAAGAGAAAGACUUGGAGAUACUCGAUGCACAAAAGAAAAUUGAGGAAUUAAAUCAGGAAAUUAUUGAGCUACAAACGCUUAUGAGUAUUAAAGAAGCUCAGCUCAAUCAGACAACUGCUAUGCUGAAAGAGAAAGAUGAAUGCGUUCAGAUAAUGCAAAAUGAACUAAACGAUACAAAGCUGAAAAUUUCCGAAGCCGAAGCAGCAGUAGAACACAUUGUGGAUCUCACAAAUAAAUUGGUGAUUUCCAUCAAAGGCGGCGACGACAAUGAUGUUUUGAAUUUGAACAACGAUCUUAGCCUCAAUCUACAGCAGCAGUUAUUCAUGAAACCUACUGAUAACAUGAAACUACAGAAGAAACAGCUCGAAACGGAGUUAGAGCUCACCAAGGAAAGCUUGAGACAAAAAGAAAUGGAAAUUCUAGCUGCAGAAAGAGCACUGACCGUUAAAGACGAGGAACUAAAAACGGUUCAGGAAAGAUUAGAUGCAAAGGAGAAAGAAUUCGAGAAGAUGAAGGAAGAGAUGGAUGAAGAAGCUAAAGAUACAAGGAAGCUAUACACAUUGGCACAAGACAAUGUUGGAGGAGAGGACAACAACAUUGAGGACUUUGCAAUUGGAAGGCUUCAAGUUGAAGCUGCUCAGUUAGAGGUAGAAGCAGCUACUAGCGCUCUUCAGAAACUCACAGACAUGAGCCGAGAGCUUCUGAAUAAAGCUAGCCAUAGCCUCGAGGUUGAUAUCGGUUCAAGAAGCAUUCACAUUCAGCAGCACAAUGACGACGAAGACGAUGUCGAUGCCGGAACAGGCGGUUGGGUUGAUAAUAACAACACAAGAUUUAAUGAAGUGAAGGUGGAAGUUUCCCGUCUUUCAUCUCUAACUGAACAGCUCUUGAAGGAAGCUGGUAUAUUUGUUGAUGCGAAUUAGUGGAGAUUUAUUGGGAUGAAUAAAGGGUAGCUUGUGUAAAUAUUGGUUGCUUUUGGCAUUAUUUUUCCUUCCCAAGGCACUUCAAAGUUAACAAAUUCGAUUUUCUCUCUUAUUUACUACGGCGACGAAUCCGUAGCAAUCAAUAGAAAAGGUAAAUCCUAUAUGAUA